AUGGAAGCAGCGCGAAGGCUAAUGGCAGCAACACCCACACGCAUAUCACCAUUACCUUCACCCUCUCUUCCAUCAAGAAGAACGAGAACCACACUUUCCCCAAUCCCACUAUUUCACAUUCCCACCACAAUCAGAACCCCUUCUAUCUUAUCCUUCUCUUCCACCAGCAACAACAACCGUCCCGAAACAGAAUGUCCCGUUCCACUCGAGCAGCAGCCCAUCAACGAGUACCACUCCCUCUCCACCUCCUUCCCCUUCUCCUGGGCCACCGGUGACGCCGUCGAAUACGCCUCGCGCCUGUUCGUUACCGGCGCCUCCUUCACGUUGCUCGUGGGCCUCCCCGUGGCCUGGUUCGGGUCCGCCGGGGCCCAGGCCGAGCCCUUCAAGCGGGUCCUGUGCGCCGCCUCCAGUGGGGUCUUCGCGGUGACCGUGGCUGUGGUUAGGAUGUAUCUGGGCUGGGCUUACGUCGGGAAUCGAUUGCUCAGCGCCACCGUUGAAUAUGAGGAAACAGGGUGGUAUGAUGGCCAGAUAUGGGUGAAGACUGCUGAAGUUUUGGCCCGCGAUAGACUUCUGGGAUCAUUUUCUGUCAAGCCUGUACUGAGCAGAUUGAAAAUUACCCUUGUGAGUCUGGCAACCUCUUUACUUGUAUGUGCUCUUAUCCUCCUCAACAUUGAUGGGGACCAAAUUCUGACAUCAAAGGAACCUAGAGUUCGAGUUGUACCUGGAGUUUACAAUGAUGAUUCUGCAAGAUUGUUUGAACCAGAUGCUUUUCGUGAUGAACCUGAACUUCAAUAA